CAAACAAAAUGUAAAUUACCCAUCCACUGUAUGAAUUUGACAUCAAUGUUUGAAGCAGUCCAACAUCGAAGAGCUCCAAAAUACCCGAAAAAAGCCGACUCCCGACGCCAAGCAGCCCUGACGAAUCAAUACCCGCACUGAAUGCGACUGUUGUGAUCCAGAGAGCAGGCAACACCAAACAUGCCCAGAAAAAUCGAUUAAACAGGCCUUAUUGUUAUCCCUUUCAUGCCUGAAACCACAAACUAUGGCCAGAAAAUUCAAGUUUUUUUGGAGCUGAAAUGUUUAUUUCACUUACUACUGAAAACCAAACAAUCAAAAGUCCUUAAAAUUUAACAAAUAUAUUUAUUUAUCUUAUUUGAUACAUUAGAUGUUUAUGGAAACAAACCCCAACAGGACAUUUUUAUCAUUUAUCAGACUGUGUUGAGGUGUUUUUAAGUAAUAUUGAUACUGAUUUGAUAGAGGUAUCAUAAAAGAAUGUAUCCAAUACGACACAAAAGGCAAUAAAGGGCUACACUAGAAGGCAGGAGGGGAUCUUUAGGUGAUUUGCGGUUCACUCAAAUGUUUAAUUGUAAUGAAUUUCAACAAAUGCAUUCAGGUCACCAUGUCCAAGCUGUGGCCUUUGCAGCCACUAUGAAAAUGAGCAGGAAAUUCCUCAGCCAAGAAUCAGACGCUGCCAAACAGGAACUAAACACUUUACUGGUGGAAAAUCUGACAUUACCAUGAAACUUGGUAUGUCUCAGGGUAUGUCACAGUCAUGCUUUUAGUCUGAACUGAGCUGAUAAAUCUUUUGGGUUCAAAGAAAAGUGGACAAAAUUUGACCUCCUCUUUUCAAAUAGAAAAGGUGAGUGUUUAGAUAUAAAGUGAACAUUACAUGAAUGAGAAAUCAAGCAUUCAAUAAGAAGCGUUGAUAAUAUAGUGUAAAAAGUUUAAAGCUGUCUGAUUUGGUGACCCUGAGAAUCACUGUGCAAACAUUUUACAAGUGCAUAACGUUUUCAUGACACAAACAUUUCACAAAAUAAAAUAAAAAAAAAAACAAAAAACAUGAAAACAUAUAAUCAGAUACAGGAAAAAAACAACAACACAUAAAUACUUAACAGUUCUUAAAACAAGAAUAUAUUAAAUGUCUUUUUUUUUUUUUGCAGUUUUUUUUAAGUCUUUUGUGAGAAGUUUUGUGCAUUUUAUUUUUAUUUUAUUUUGCUUUAGGUUUAUUAUUUCAUUUAUUACAUGUGUUUUGUUUUGUGUUUUUUUAAUUAUUUCGAUUUUAAUUGAGGUUUCUAGUACAAUUGUAAUAGUAAAAAGGAAAACAAAACACGGAAACAUAUCAGCAAAUUCAGAAAAAAACAAUAUAUAUGAAAUAUUUCAUAUUUACUAAUAUACUACUAAUAUACUUAAUCUUUUUUGUAGUUUUUAUAUCUUUUGUGUUAGGUUUUGUGCUCUGUGAAAUACUUUUGCCUUAUAAUAUAUUUAGUAUUUCAUUUGAUAUUUGUGUUUUGUUAAUUUUUUUGUGUUUUGAGAUGUUCUUAUGUUUUUGAUGAAUACGAGUGUAAGGUUCGUUGACUUAGCUAUUGUGGCGUGUGCUAUGCUUUCUAAAAUUUAAACCCUCGAUACUGACUUACAGGUAAGCCUUCUCUCCAGUUUGUCGAAUAUCACCCUCACUGCAACAUUUACACUUGUAGAAUUUGAAAAUGUGUUUCAUAAUAUGGUUUAAUUUACAAUAAUCAAAAUCUUGAUUUAAAUUACGUCUGUGGAAUGGCAACAUCAGGACUCAGCUUCGACCUUUUUCUUGCCUUUCGUCUGUUUCUCGGGGGAAACAAAACUCACAGGCUCAUUUUACGAUUGGCCCCAAUUUAUGCGCAUGCGCUAAAACGCCGCGGACUUUUUGUUUGGGUUUAACAAACAGCGACCAGUGGUUUAUCGCAAAAGAUUUUAACUACUACAGACAUUAUUCGGAUUACUUGAUAAUUUCACGACCCUUUUAAGGGUUUCUGUUUCUAGGACACAAAGUAUCCUACUGGCUACAUUUUGUUUGUGGUAAGUUUUUGCUCAAUUUAGACAGUAACGUGCUAACUGUCGGUUGAGUAGCUUGUAUUUGUCAGUAAAGUUAUUCGUGUUUCAGUCACAAAAUGGCGGUUAUCGUGAUUUAAUCCUUUAAUUUAACUGAAGCUACCUAAAUAAUAUUAAGAGAAGGUACUCUUGUGUGAUGUAGGAGGCCAGUUCAAACAGACGUGUCAACCAUUAACACUACUAAAUUUCUGUUUUUGCUUCAUUGUGUUUGGUGUCUGGUAUCAUGCCUUUACAAUAACCUAUUUUUUUUAUGUUGAACUAAUAAUCCAGCCCUAGCCAUGUUACCUGUGGGAAAGAUGACACCCAGAUCAUCUUCCAAGCAGUCUUCAGCUGCUGCAUCGAAGAUCAAAAACAAGCUUCUCAGUGAGUCUGUGAAUCACUUUAACACAAUCUGUUAUUAUAUAAAGAAGAAAAGAUGUGUUUUGAUUGUUGUGUCAGUUAUUAAUCCUUGUAUUUCUUUUUCCUACCUGCAACAGACACCUCCUCGUUCUUCAAGGUCUCUCUGAAGAACAACAACAAGGCUUUAGCUGUCGCUCUGGGGAUGCAGAAGGAGAGAAACAGGCAGCUGGAGAAGGAGAUUGUGUUCCUGCAGAAAAAAGUGGAGGCUCUGUGCUUCGAGUUGGCUACAAAGAAAUACAAGCACAGGAAACUGGUUGGUUUUUGCGUGACAUAAUAGUGAUAAUAAAGGUAACUGAAUUUAGAGGACAUUUCAAAAGCAAAGAUGCAGAGAGCUUUCCAAGGGCUGCAAAAUAAAACAGGCAGGUCAUAAAAUCAUACAAGAAAUAACACACAAAAAAACAAUAAAAAUCUAUUUCAAACAACCCGACAGGAAGUAGGGGUUUCUUUUGACCGCUAACCCAAUCUCCUCUGGCACAUAGUUUAAGAGUUUUCGGCCCCUCACUGCAAACACUGUCGCCUUAAGUUUUUGAUCGGGUUUAUAGGACUCAGAAGACCCGAUGAUCUCAAAUAAUAUGUCAGUUCCUAUGGUACUAACAGGGUCACAGAGAGCUUUUAAAGUACUUAACUAAACCUUAAAAUCAACCCCAAACUAGCCAGGAAGCCAGGUGAUCUGACCAUGCUCUGUACAGUUUGAAGUCAACUAAAAGAGAUGUUUCAAAAACCUAUUAUUUACUGUUAUACACUUAUUUGUCAGGGCAUAUUGUUUGUAAAGCAUUUUUUAUGGCAAACACACACAAAUGCUUAAACACUCUGUCUGAAUUGGAGACUGACAGCAGUUUUUUUUCCCACAGCUCUUCAUCUUGCAAAACCUCCACAGCAACACAUUGCAGCAUUUGGACAUGGUGGCGGACUUGUUCAAAGACAGUGUAAGGACCCUGUUCAUAAGGAGUGUGACCUAUUUAUGUCUUUGUUUGUACCUAAUAAUGGAUAUUAUUUAUGUAAUUACAUCUAGAAAAGGAACACAGUAUUAUCUUAUAUAUCUUUAUAAUAUAUACUGCAAAAUUCUCUUUAAAAAAUGAGCUAAACGUAUGUGUGUACCAGCCGAGUCAUGACAACUCCAGACCUGAACCUCUUAACAGUUUUAGACUAAGUUCUCAUGUUUAAGGUUCCUGUGAGAAACUUUUAUCUGUGUCAAUUUUGGCAUCACUUUUGGACAAAGCAUACUUUGCUGAUUCUUACACAGCGGUGUUUCUUGGCAGUGAAAGAUGUGAAAAGGGCUGUUAAUGGUGUAAUUUGCUUUGUUAGCUCAUAAAGAAUCAUCCGUAAUAAUUUCAGCCUUCUCCAAAAUUGGUUACAAUCUCCUCACUGGAGCUUUAGGUAGGAACGCCGGGGAGUGUAACUCAACAUUAUCUUUACUUAUAGCUGUAUUUGUUACUUGCAGGAGCUUCCUAAACUUUCUGAAGGAGAGAAUUUUGAAUCUGAUGAAGUCAAAGAAAAUCUUGCAGUAAACAGGUGAGCAAACACUGAAUUAAGAUUAAAAUAAACUUACAUCCAAGAGGAUUUAGUAUUUGGAUUUUGACACUUAUGAAUGACAUCUCUAAGUUUCUCUACUUCCUCUCCCUCCCUAACUUCCACUCGUAGUCCUGCAGAUCAGUUAGCUCCCCAGCCGGAAAUCCCUGGAGCUUUGUUGUUACCCCCUCAAAAAGUAUCAGUGGCAUUGCCUGAAAAAGACGCCCAUGCAGAUGUCUUUAACAGUGAGAGUAUACUGCAGUUGGCCUCUGGUAUUUGCAGUGGUAGGUAGUUUUUUGUGAUCAUGAAUCAUCAGAUUUUGAUAAAGAGUUUGAUCAAAAGAAGCCAAGGUUUAUUCUCUUUACAAUUUUGCAGAUAAAAGAAGUUCUGGGAAAAGGUUUUCAAGUCAGCACAGACAGACUCCUCAGAUUGAAAUGUCUCGCCCGCUCAGCAGCUUAAGAGACGAGGUGGAGCGGCUUUCAGUGAAGAUUUCCCAAUCUGGAUGUGACAUAAAGUCAGUCCUCUGUCCUCAGAGCAGUCAAACUCCCUCAUGUCUAAGUGAACCUGAAAAUCCCAAGCAAUCAAUCCCUGACAACGUUCCCCUUCCGAGUGGCUCAGCCCUGGAUCCUAAACCAGAAUCUGGCAGCAAACAGGAGAAGACCAUGCUUCUAAAUACAACAAUGGAGAUGACGUUCAGUAACUCUGUUGAAAUAGUCACCGUGGAAACCAAAGCCAAGAAAGCAGACUGCUCUGGAAAACCUAAAGCCAAGAAGAAGAAGAAGAAGGAGCAAGCCUUAGGGACAAAAGUGUCUGAGAAUCCACAAGUCAAGAGCCCAGCAGAUUCUCAGUCCAGAGAGGUUCAGGAUGCUCCCACCAGUACUGUGCUACCAUCAGUAGACUAUGCACCAGAGGGUGUCAGAAACGAGGAGGUUACCGAGACCCAGUCGACUAAGAGUGUCGUCACCUCUCGCAUUCCCAAACUGGGCAAGUCUAACACUGGUGACCAUCAGAAAAAUGCAAAAAAGAAAUUAAAAUCCAAAACAGAGUCGGCUGAUGUUGCCCCACCAGACCUUGAUGAUUAUUUCACAGAUCCUAAUAUUAGGCUUUCAAAAGCCAGAGAAAGUUUAAGAUUACCACCAGAGGAGGCUUGGCCCAGAAUCACCAGCAGGAGGUCCCGCACCAAAGGCAGGAGGAUGUCCUCAUUCACCAGGAACAUGUUUGUUACUUUGCCAUCACGUGAAAGUGAGAUGAGACUGCCUGAACUAGCACAGAUCCACAAGGAUGUGGAGGAGGUUGUGCAGGAAAAAUAUGGAGUAUGCAAAGACCAAGAACCUCCUGAAGAGCUCCUGGUUGCAACAAAUUCCUCUGUAAGUCACAAACCAAGAUGCAGAGGGACUUUUAUUGUCUCAAUCGCCAGGGAGAGCACUUUACUAUCCUCACCAGAAAUAGAGCACAAAAAUCAGGACUUUGCACCUUAUGCAGGAUCCUCCAUCCAUGAGGUAGACGAGCAGUCAGCAGGUGUUCCACAGCUUUCAGAAACAAGUCCACUCAGGCAAAGUGAUGGAGUCCAGACUACACCAAGCUCCUGUAAACGUCACUGGCUGGCCACUCAGGAUUCAGAGAAGCCAAAACAGGAUUCCAGUGGCAGCAACAACCAGGAAGCGACGUAUCUCGAGCAGAUCUGUAAUUUAGAAACUGAGCUCCAGAAACCCAAGAAGUCUAGAAGAGAAGAGAAGAACCCACCAAGGAAAAAGAAAAGUGCUCAGAAGGAAGAGUGUGAGGAAAAAAUAAAUAAGAAGAAGCAGAAGAUGAAAAAAAGCUCAAGCAACAAAGGAUUUCAAUCUCAGGAUUUGUGCGAUUUUGCAGAAAGCAAUAAUACCUCUCCUCUUUAUCAGACUGAGAGUACAUGCAGCACUGAAGACCAACAAGAAGGAUUACAGGUUGUCGACUCACAUCCUGACGUCAAUGAAAUAGACGACAUCUUUGAGUAUUUCCCCGACGAACUGAAGUCCACGACAAAGUCCGAUCAAAAACGGAGAACACUCACACAGAGCAGGAAUCUGAGGGAGACAUUUGUCUGUAGGAGGAAAACUAAAAACAAAGGUUCGCUGAACAGCUUGAGGACCUCUAACGAGUCUGACUACUUUGGUCACAUGGGGGACACUGGCGAGGUGGCGGUUCAUCAGACUCUGGGAGAUCUGCUGACGGAUGAGGUGCCACCAUGGCUGGCCUUUGACGAGAGCACGGCCGACACUGAGGUGGGCUCUUUACCUGCCACCCCCAGGAGGGAGACAUCGAGCAGAGCAGCGGUGAUUAAUGAGUCUGCUGAAGUCACUGAAGCCUCUCCAGGUGGGGUGUUUGUGUUUUUGUUUAUAUUUAUUGAAUAUGAAGCUCUUAUAAGUAUGAAAGAGGAUGAGGGCCACAAGAAAAGAAAAAGGUUAUUACAGGAGGGAGAUUUUUUUAAUUUCCAUUUCGAGAUUAAAGUCGAAAUUUCAAGACAAAAUUGAAAAAACUGGAAAUGUCGACUUUAUUCUCAAAUUUUUUUUUUAAUCUAAAAAUUUCAACAUUCACAACUUUUCGACAUUUUGAAAUCUCCAGAUUUUGACUUGAAUAUUGAAAUUUCAAUUUUAAUCUUGAAAUUUCGACUUUAUUGACAUAAUUUCGACUUUUUUGCGCUUCAAACAGUGGCAUUAUGCUUUUAGUCCAAACUGAUUUUAUUUGUUUUGUUUUUGCAGCAGGUAAAGUCUUAGCAACAGUGACCAACACUAUUUUAACUCCAGACAGUGCAGCCGGAGGCAGAACCAGGAGACGACAUGGUGUGGUCAGUUAUAAAGAGCCGACCCUCAACAGGUAACAACUGCUAGUCAAACUAUCAGUGACUGUAUUUCUGCGUCAGCUUCACACAAAAGAAUCAAUUCCUUGUGUUCAUUUUUUUCCUGACAGAAAAAUGAGACGAGGAGAUAAAUUCACAGACGACAUGUUUCUGAGCUCCCCGGUGUUUAAAGACGGCAAGAAGAAGAAGAAGCAGAAAAAGACAGAAAAAGAGAAAAAAAUGAACCAACCAAUUUUCAUGGAUUGAUCUUCUUUAUCUUGUUUAUUUUAAUGACUUUUUCUGUUUUAUUCAGCGGUGUGUUAGCCUAAAAAUAACACACACAAACUCCUGCACAUGUCUUACCUAACCUGUUGGUUGUGGAGGGUAAUUUGUGUCAGUGAUGGACAGGUUUCCUUUUUUUUUAAUAAAUAAUUCAGCUCAGACUGUUCACCUGAGAAGUCUGCUCCACGCCCCCCGUUACAGGCUUGUAUUCUCACAAACGUCACCCGAUUCAGUGUUGCAUGACAGCAGACGGCUGUGUUUGUGGUUUUUUGUGUUAUGAUGUGAACUGAAGGACUGUAAGCUGUUUAGCAGAGUUGUGUGGUGAGUACAAAUGCUUGAUGUUAACUUUAUUUUAACUGUGUUUUACAAAUAAUUAAAAUUUGAUAUUUUACAAAAUAAA